GCAAGAAGUCCGAUAUCAGAAAGUUUUCCAUAGUGUUUGCACAGGGAGUGUAUCCGAACACUUUUUUUAUUUACUUUUUAAUCCGGUCGAACAGUUGUAUUUUCAUUCGAAGAAGAUCAUUCCCAUUUUAUUUGCAAGGUUAGAUCAAUUUUGAUUGAUUUGAUUGGAAAAUCCAUGUUGAUUCGUUGAUUAGGUAUAUUGAUAUGUCCAGUUACUCAUCGACUUCAUCUACAAUUCUGUCGUCAUCCAGGUCUCAGGGUAAAAGACAGUCUUUAGGCACUAUUGAGUCCAGCGUUACUAGAUUAUUGGUGUCAACUAAGCAUUUACUUGAAAGCUUGACCAGAUGGGCAAAACAAGAGGCAGAUGAUAAAUAUGUUUCCGAUGCCUAUGUGAAGUUGGGCAAUGAUUUCCGUGCAGCAACAAGGGCGUUCACUAAUGCAGGAGUAGAUAUAUCAGAUAUAGGGGAUGUACCUCAUGCUUUGAGAAUCAUAUUAGAAGCUGCAUUGAGUGAAGCUCCUAGUCAAGAGAACUUAGAUCGCUUUUUACCAAAUAUUAGAAAUAUCAUUGUCACUUUACUUCAAACUUUGAAAUCAAAACAAUUAAAAGCUAAAACCUUGUCUAUAGAUAAACUGCAAAGAGCAAAACAGUCAGAAGAGUCAAGCCGAUCCAGUUCAAGAGCAAAUUCCCAAUCUCAUACUCAUACUCAUUCUCACACUUCCUCUAAACAACUUUCAAAUCCUGAAGCUGUAAAUGAUAAACUUAGCCCCAGCCAAACUGCUACUGUAUCUAGACAAUCGUCUUCUCAUAACUCUCCCAAAAAACCUUACAUUCCUCAGGCUCCUCCCAUUGCCCCUUUUGAAUCGGAAGAUCCUGGCUCGGGUCCCAAUCUGCCUCGAAACUCUCCCUCCAAAAAAUUGGGCGUUGAGCUGAAUGAUGCUCUAGCUCAACUUCAAAAGGGUAACUUCUUACAAAGAAGAGCUUCUAAAAGAUUUAGUGCUUAUCAAUAUGCUAAACUUACAAAUUUCACUCCUCCAGGAAAUCUACCUAAAAUCUCUUCUGCCGAUUACUCUAGUUCUACCCCGAAUAAUAGUUUUGAUUCCAAAGAUUAUCCUCCAACUCCUACAAAGCCACCUUCAGCUGAAAAUAAUGCAGAACUUGUCCCUAUCUUUUUACAGAUCCAUGAUAGAACUAAAAAAGUUAAUAUAAAAUUACCAGUAAGCUUUGCAGCACUAAGAUUAUUAUUCGUUGAAAAAUUUGCUUAUUCCCCUCGUGGAACCUCAUUCCCUGAUAUUUAUAUAAAAGACCCUCAAUCGAAUGUUUCUUAUGAACUUGAAGAACAUCUCUUAGAAACUGAUGUGAAAUCAGGUUGUGUGUUAUGUUUAAAUGAAGAAGAUCCUCAAAAAUCAUCUAUAAGAGAAUUAGAGGAUAAAAUUAGUUCAUUAACUUCUAAAUUCGAUUCAUUGAACUCUAACUUAUUAUCAGAGGUCAAAGAUGCGAUUAAAACUAUCGAAAUCCCAACACCAGUUGUUUCGGCUCCUACUCCUGCUACAACUGCGCCUGCUAAUACUAAAGAACCAGUACCGGAGAAAAAAUCAACUAAAAGUAUAUCUCAACUCAGGGCCUUGAAUGACCUUCAACAUGAAUUGGGUGUUAUAAGACAAAUUCAAAGCUCAAAUAAAAACGAUUUGAAAAAUUCAUUUGAAGAAAUUUUUGAAAAAGUUAAGGAAGUCGAAAAUAGCGGUCUUCAAGCUUCUGAAUCUUCGAGUAGAGCUUACAUGAACAAAAGUAACCUCAAACUUUCUGAAGAUUCUGAUGCUUUGUUAACCAAGGUUGAUGACUUACAAGAUGUUAUGGAAGCAUUGAGAAAGGACGUUGCUCAAAGAGGUGUCCGUGUAGGUGAAAAACAAUUGAAACACACUCAUAAAGAAAUUGAGCACGCUAAAGAUUUGUUAAAAGACUUGUUUGAGUACAUUUCUAGUGGUAAGCCUAUCUGGAAAAAAAUUUGGGAAUCAGAAUUGGAUAAAGUAUGCGAAGAACAACAGUUUUUCAAUUUACAAGACGACUUAACUCAAGAUUUGCAAGAAGAUAUUAAAAAGAUUGAAGAAACUUUUGAUUUGAUAGAAAAGUGUUCAACAGAACAAAGUAAACAAGGGGCCUACAAGAGAAACAAAGUUGUCGCAAGGUUGCAUAUUCCAGAACCGGGUGAAAACCUUCAUGAUUUGAAAGAUGCCGUUUUAAAUGAAGUGGUAACUUUAAGACCUGAUCAUGCUAGUAGGCUCGAAGCGAUCGCAAAAGCCGAGAAGCUUAGAGAGAAAGAAAGAGAAAUGAUGCAAUUAACGAAAUUUCAAGAAGAACUUGGUGAUUUUGUUGGUGACUCUAGGCUCAAAAAAUCAGGAGGCAUAGAAGAACUCGAAAGAUUAAGAAAGGAAAGAGAUAACGAAAACUUGAAAAGUAUAUUUGGUGUAUUUUAAAUUCUAUAAAGUAUUUAGUAGGUCA